CUGGAGAGGACGCAAGAGCGAGCCAACGGGUGAAGUGCGCGUGCUCUGUCACCGCCGCUGCUGCUUCAGAGGAGAGAAGCCGUUUAUUCAGCUGCUGAAUGAGGGACGGAACGGAGGGACCUAUGAACAGAUAGAGGGAUGAGUGAGUGAAUGAGUGAGUGAAUGAACGGAUCCCAACCUGGGCUUCUUCCAGAGUACCGAGCCGGUGAGAAGACACAAACAACGAUUUGGACGUCAUUCCGUGCUGCGCCGACCCAGUAGAACUCAGUAGAGUCCAGCGAAGGCCCGACUGCAUCAGCAGAAAUGGCUCCAGCAGCCAUGCCUGUGCUUCCAUCCUCUCUCACCUCCCACCACCACUCCCGCCUCUCCUCACCUCUCCUCUCGUUCCUCCUCUCCGCCUUUCUCCUCCUGUCCUGUACUGGAUCGGUGCACGCAGGCUCAUCUGAGUCAAACUGUUCAGCUAGCGGAGACCCCUGUCAGGAAGGAGUGGUACUGCCUGUGUGGAACCCUCAGAACCCCUCUGUGGGGGACAAAGUGGCACGGGCCAUUGUUUACUUUGUAGCACUCAUCUAUAUGUUCCUGGGCAUGAGCAUUAUAGCGGACCGAUUCAUGUCUUCUAUAGAGGUCAUCACCUCCCAGGAGAAGGAAAUCACCAUAAAGAGGCCGAAUGGUGAGACCACCACCGCCACGGUCAGGAUCUGGAAUGAGACCGUCUCUAAUCUCACUUUAAUGGCCUUGGGUUCCAGUGCCCCCGAGAUACUGCUGUCAGUUAUUGAGGUGUGUGGUCACGGUUUCGAGGCUGGCUCUCUGGGUCCCAGCACUAUUGUGGGCAGCGCUGCCUUCAACAUGUUCAUCAUCAUCGCCCUGUGUGUGUACGUGGUUCCUGAUGGAGAGACGCGCAAAAUCAAACACCUUCGGGUGUUCUUCGUCACGGCGGCCUGGAGUAUCUUCGCCUACAUCUGGCUUUACCUGAUACUGAGUGUCUUUUCCCCUGGAGAAGUGGAGGUGUGGGAGGCGGUGCUGACCUUCCUCUUCUUCCCGCUCUGUGUUGUCCAGGCCUGGGUGGCCGACCGCCGCCUCCUCUUCUACAAGUACGUCCGCAAGCGUUACCGCGCUGACAAGCACCGCGGCAUCAUCAUUGAGACGGAGGGAGGGCCAGACGGAGGGAUGAGUAUGGGCAGAGGCGGAGCACUGGGUCCAGGGGGGUUCACCAAGAUGGACAUGCUGGAGCUGGAUGGACAGGUGGCCUUGAAUUGUCACAGCGGGAUGGACGGAGGGAUGAUGGAAGAGGGAGGAGCCAAGGACGAAGAGGACGAGGCCAGAAGGGACAUGGCGAGGACGCUGAAGGACAUGAAGCAGAGGCACCCGGACAAAGACAUGGAACAGCUGAUUGAGAUGGCUAAUUAUCAGGUCCUGAUGCAGCAGCAGAAGAGCAGAGCGUUCUACCGUAUCCAGGCAACCAGGAUGAUGAUUGGAGCUGGCAACAUCCUCAAGAAGCACGCUGCUGACCAGGCUCGAAAGGUGGUGAGCAGCAAUGAGACCCAGGCUCAGGAGGACGACCCUCACACCAUCAAGAUGGAGUUUGAACCCCCUUUGUACCAAUGCUUUGAAAACUGCGGCUCCUUGAAACUGACCGUUGCCAGACACGGAGGAGACUCUGGAGUUACUGUCAAGGUGGAUUAUCGCACCGAGGACGGCACAGCAAAUGCAGGUUCGGAUUACGAGUUUGCAGAGGGAACACUGCUGUUUAAGCCAGGAGAGACCCUCAAAGAGAUCACAGUCGGAGUGAUUGACGACGACAUCUUUGAGGAGGAUGAGUAUUUCUACGUCCACCUCAGUAACCCUCGAGUGGUUGGUUAUCCUGAGAUUGGCACCGCCCCGCUGGAUGCCAGUGCCACCCCCAAAGCCGUGCUGGGUGACAACCACACUGCCACAGUGACCAUCUACGAUGAUGAUCACGCAGGCAUCUUUACCUUUGAGACUGCCAGUCAGAAGGUCAGUGAGAGCGUAGGUGUGAUGGAGGUGAAGGUGCUCAGGACUUCGGGGGCCCGAGGCCUGGUAGCCGUCCCCUACCGAACCGUGGAUGCCAGCGCUAGGGCAGGGGAGGACUACGAACUGGCCGCUGGCAAGCUGGAGUUUCAGAAUGACGAGACCAUGAAGAUCAUCGAGGUGAAGAUUAUUGAUGAUGAGGAGUAUGAGAAGAACAAGAACUUCAUCAUCGAGCUGGGAGAGCCCGUUCUGUUGGAGAUAGGGCAGAAACACGGUGACUCCAAUGAGAACAAGCCGUUGGUGGGAGCAGAGGAUGAAGAGGUGGCCAAGAUGGGCUGUCCCAGUCUGGGCGAACACACACAAGUAGAGGUGGUCAUAGAAGAGUCCUAUGAGUUUAAGAAUACGGUAGAUAAGUUGAUCAAGAAGACAAACCUGGCCUUGGUGGUGGGAAGCAGCAGCUGGAGGGAGCAGUUUGUCAGUGCCGUCACUGUCAGCGCAGGAGAUGACGACGACGAGGAGAGCGGCGAGGAGCGGCUGCCGUCCUGCUUCGACUACAUCAUGCACUUCCUCACCGUCUUCUGGAAGGUUCUGUUCGCCUUUGUCCCGCCCACGGAGUACUGGAACGGCUGGGCCUGCUUCAUUGUCUCUAUAUCACUUAUCGGCGUCCUGACGGCAGUCACCGGCGAUCUGGCAUCACACUUCGGCUGCACGGUAGGACUGAAGGACUCGGUGACGGCCGUGGUGUUUGUGGCACUGGGAACAUCGGUACCAGACACAUUCGCCAGCAAGGUUGCCGCCAUCCAGGACCAGUACGCUGACGCCUCCAUUGGCAACGUAACUGGCUCCAACGCCGUCAACGUUUUCCUUGGCAUCGGAGUGGCGUGGACCAUUGCCGCCGUCGUCUGGCGCUCCAAGGGCAAGGUGUUCAAGGUGGACCCAGGAAACCUGGCCUUCUCUGUCACCCUCUUCACCAUCAUGGCCCUGUUGUGUGUGAUCACACUGCUGUACCGGCGGCGGGCGGGGGUGGCCGGCGGCGAGCUGGGCGGGCCACGGACUUGCAAGAUAAUAACGUCGCUGCUGUUCAUCUCCAUGUGGCUGAUUUACAUCCUGCUGGCUUCACUGGAGGCCUACUGCCAUUUACCAAUGUUUUAAAUGGAGAGCAGAGAGGAGGGAGAGAGACCCACUGCCAAUAUGAAGAGAGAGAGAGAGAGAGAGGGAGGGAAGGAGGGAUGGAGGAGUCUUCAAACAGGAACGAGACGAGGAGAGAUGGGUAGAAUUGGAUUGAUAUGGGCCGAUUCUGAUAUUUUUUAUGGAGUCAGCAGAUCUUUCCAUGUCCUCUUUUUUUAAAAAAGUCCAAAACACUUUUUCAGUGUUUCAGAUUUAUUUUUAUCUUUCCAUUUAUUCAUUUCCUGAAAAAGAGUGUAUCAUUAUGAAAGAUUUAACCUCUCCAAUUAUAUCCAAACAAUUUUCUUUUACAUGAGCAGCUUCAUCGCCAUCUGACAACACUGUUUAAUAGUUAAUAAAAGGCUGAUCCAAAGCAGCAGGAGAAAAGAAAAGCCGGCCUCUGACGGGGAAAACGAAGAUGAAAAGAAGAAGAUAAAAGUGGAAUGGUUGGGAGAGAGGAGGCUGGAGGCAACAAAACUAGAGAAAGGUCUGGAUACAGCUGAUGGCAAAAUGUUCUACACCCCCUCCUCACUCUCUCGCUACUUCUGUCCAUACUGUAUCUCGUCAUCAUGGGAAUGGUGGAUCCUCCCAUUAUACCCACUGAACUUUAUACAGUAUAAUACUACCAGUGAGUCAUUCCUUUUAACCCCUCUACCCCAAACUGUGCACACACACACACACACACACACACACACACACACACACACACACAGACUGUACACUCCCUUUCCGACGAAUACUCUACAGACUGUACACACUCCUCCGUCCCUUCCUCUUGCUUUACUCCUAUCUCUCCUGUAGGAAUUGUCUUAAAGUUGUGAUAAUGAAACGCCGUAGUCACCACCAACCGAUCAACUCUCUUUUUAAUCGAGCCAAUCCCAAGUCCUUCUCCUUUUACCAUUAUAUUCUAUCAACAGCCUCGUCACACGAAGGAAACUCACCCGCUUUUUUUUCUAAACUUUUCAAUGGCGUCACGUGUUGAUGUUGUUACCGUGCAAUUGUAAAAAGAAAAAAGAAAAAAAAGAAGACAUAUAAAGUAUAGAGAGAUGGAGAUAAGCAAAGUUAAAGCAGGUUUGGAAGAUAGAAUGUAACGUGGAGGAUCAAGAUUGAUUAGCACCUGGAAGGAAUCUCAAAAGUGGGAUGGAGAAGCAAAAGGAAUGUUUGAUAAGCAGAGUGAAGAUUAGAAACGUCUGGAGAACCAACAAGCAAGCAGUCCACCUAGUAAUUGUUGUCUUUCUUGCAAUGAAGAAGCGGUGUGCACUUGUGAGGUACACUGUUUACACGUCUAAUGUUGCAUUAAAUGGUGGGGAAAUAAGCAUGUGAACAAGCCGAAACGGGAAUGAACGAUAACAAAGUGGGACCAGUCAUAAUGAAGGAUCUCACUGGCAAGGACUAAGAAGAUGACAGCGACGGCAGUGUCGUUGAUGACAAAUCAAAACUAUAACCGUACCCAGUGUUUCUAAUUGUACAUGAUAAUAUAAGAAACUUGUAUUGAUGUGUGUGAGAAAACACUGCUAUUUAAUUUAUGUGAAGCCCCCCUCUUUGUAAGGAAAAGCCUGGAGAAGGAAAAGAAAAAUCCAUGUGCCCUUUUUUCCUCUGAAACACAGUUCAAGAAGACAUUUUAAGGAAAUCCAAGGGAAAAAAGGCUAAAACCAGAGAUGAUUUAUUGACAGAGAGAAGAGUCGAACGCUCUGAGGGAAAUGUAUGGCAGCUCUGAAAUAUCACACGACUGUUCCGCAGCAGUUGGGACGUUUCUUUAUACUCAAACACAAAGCCCAUGUCCUCUGUCAUCCAAAGAUUUAAUAGGCGAACACUGUCACAGAUAACCAUUCGUUUUCAGUGUGCAG